GGUAUGGUUCUGAAGCGGCAGCUCAGCGAUGUUGCUGCGUUUCACGCCGUUGAUUGGACGGGCUGUCCUAAUGUUUAAGUAUAUCAAUGUUUGACCAUUGUUUAAGUUAAAUUGAGUUGAAUAAACACGAAAACCCGAGCCAGCAGCUGGCGGAGCACGACUGCAAUUUUGGUCGCUGUGACCCCUGGUUGUCGCAUAGAGCUCGCGGAUGCGCCCGUGACGCUGUGCGCUGAAUAUAUAGCGCGUGGAGCGUGGGCAUGCCGGCGCCGGACGCAGUCGGGGGCCCUGCAGCUGCCACUGUCGCUGGCAGCGGCGACCUCGCGGCAGGGGGAGUGCCGCAGCUGCUAGCCGGCUUCCAGCUGCAGCGGCUCUUGGCUCGCACCCACUUCUCCUGCGUCUGGGCUGCAAGUCGCGAUGUGACUGAGCCACACGUCACCGGGGGCGGCGACGCCGACGGCAGUGCCACUGGUGUCGGCGCCCGGGACGCCGGCGCCGGCCACGCGGCCGGCACCGGUCGCAGCGGGGCGGCGGCGCGGGAGUGCGUUGUCAUCAAGGCCCUGGACGCGGGCCGCCCCAGCCACGCCGCCCUCGCAGCGAACGAGGCGGCCGCACUGAGGCACCUGGAGGCGGCGGCAGUAGCAGCAGCCACUACAGCAGCAGCAGCAGCAGCAGCAAUCACUACAGCGGCAGUAGCAACCAAGCCGCAGGCGACAGUGGCUGCAGCUGGCGGAGGGACUACAGCCGGCGGCUCUCAGCAGGGGGAGGAGGCAACGGCUGCCAUGGAGGCGGCGGCGGCGGCGGCGGCGGCACCGGGGCCGCCCGACUCGUGGCGGCGGCGGCGGCUGCAGGCCUGGGCCCCGGCUGUGCGGCUGCUCGACACGGCCACGGCUGACGUGGACAUGCGGCGGCUGCUACAGCUGCUACUGCCGACAGCUGCUGCCGCACCGGCUGAGCGCUGUGUCGGGCAUGGAGGUACAGGUGGCGGCUCAAGCGCACACGAGCGCCGCGUGCUGACGCGUCAGCAGCAAGAGGCGGAGAAAGAGCAGGAGGAGGGGCAGGAGCCGCUAUGGGGCGCAGGAGCGGCGGCGGGCGCCGCGGCGGCGGCACCGGCGGCGGGCCGGCGGCGGUGGCGCUGCCUGGUGUUGGAGGCUCUGGGGCCCACGGCUGCAGACGUGCUGGAGUGCUGGCGGGCUGGGGCCCUCAGAAGCGGCGGCGGCGGCGGUGGAAGUGGCGGCGGCGGCAGGAGCGCUUGGGCGGCGGGCCGAGCUGCUUUAGGCGGCGCCGGGGGCGGAGGCGCGGAGGGCCGGGGUGCGGGAGGCGGAGGCGGGGGCGGAGCUAGGGGCGCGGGGGCAGUGGAGGCUGGGCCGGCGGACGUACGACAGGAGGAGCAGCAGCGGUGGCGGCGGCGGCGGUGUGGACUGCCGCCCGCGGCAGUGCGUCAGUUCGCGGCCCAGGCUCUGGCAGCCCUUCAUGUGAUGCACACGCACGCGGAGUUGGCGCACAACGACCUUAAGCCCAGCAACUUCGCCUGGAGGCAGCAGCCGCCGGGGCGCGCCGCCACCGGUGGCGGCGGCGUCGGCGAGCGCGGGAGCGGGGACGGCGGCGGCGCUGGUCACUGGGCGCUGUUGGACCUGGGGAGUGCGUGCAGCCUGCGGCCGGAGGGGCAGCGCGUGGCGGAGGGCCCGGCGGGCGCCGGCGCCAAAGGCUACAUCCGCCCUUGCCAGUCGCUUGUUGCUGCCGCCGCCGUCAUUGGCAGCGACAGCGACAGCGAAGGCGGCUUUGGCAGCGCCGCCGCCGCCACGCCAACCGCAAGCUCCCGACACCCUGGCCACCCUCCGCCCGCCGCCGCCGCCGCCGCCGCCGCCGCCGCCGCCGCCGCCGCCGCCGCCGCCGCCGCGCCGCCGCUUCCCUGGUACGACACGCCCGCCUACGCCGCUCCGGAGCUGGCGCUGGGCCUGGCGCCGUCGGCCGCCUCCGAUAUGUGGUCCCUCGCCGCCUGCGUCUACGAGCUAGCCGCCGGCGAGCAGCUACUGCCGCUGCCGCCGCAGCUCCUGGCGCCGGAGGCUGUAGCAGCGGACUUGCCGGGGGUGGCGGAGUUUCACCUGGCGGUGGUAGAGGCGCUAUUGGGGCGGCCGCCGCCGGCGGCGCUGCUGCGUCGGGCGCCGGCGGCGGCGGACUUUUACGACGUCGGCCGGCGGCCGCGGCCGCGGCUGUGGCUGGGGCGGGAGUUUGAGCUGCCGCCGCCGUGCGGCCUAGCGGGGCGGCUGCGGCGGGUGGCGGCGCGGCAGGCGCGGGGCGGUGGCGAGGGCGGCGGCGGUAGCAGCCGGGAGGAGGGGCAGCGGCGGCGAGCGCAGGGGCAGGGGCAGCAGCUGGCGGGACGCCCCGGCGGUGAUGGUGGCGGCGGCGCCGGCGGCGGCGGCGGUGGUGGCGGCGGCAGUCCUGGCGGCGCCAUGCUGGCGGCUCGGACGUCGUGCGAGCGAGGCACGGCCGGGGCCGCGGGCCUGGUGAUGCCGCAGCUACUGGCGGCGCCGGCGGAGUGGGAGUGGGAGUGGGGCUCGGAGCUGAGUGGCGGGUGGGAUGAGGCGGAGUGGGGCGGCCUGUGCAGCUUCCUGGCGCCGCUGCUGCAAUGGGACCCGCGCCGCCGGCCGCCGGCGCAUGUGGCGGCGAGGCACCCCUGGCUGCGGGGGGCGUGAGCGGCCGGGGCGGGGCCAUGUCCCUAUGCCGUGUGCCGUGCCGUGUGCCCAAGGGAUAGGCCCCAUGUGAUGAGCGGGAAUGCUGAGGAAAGAAAGAAGAGGCAGGCCCAGUGACUGGUCUCAGCCGGAGGAUUUGAAUGACAGACUGAGCGGCCGGGGCGGGGGCUAUCUUAACCACCGUGCCGAACUGCUGGGCCCCGUGCUCGUUGGAUUGCCCGCCCAAGCGCGCGAAUUGCGAGGUGCCGUGCCUGGCGCGGGGCGGCGGCUGCGGGGCGGGGCGGUGGGGGCCUGUGUGCCGCCGGCGGGUGCGGGUGUGCGGCUCGCGACAGCGGCAGCUGCCAUACGGAUGAGCGGCUGGCGUCAGGCGGUGCGAGGGCCGCGCUGCAGGUGUUCGCGGGGUGAAUGUACUUGGCUACAAGAAGGGUAGCGCUCGUUUGAGUGCGCGGCGGACCGAUACAUCAGACUUGCGGCGGGAUGACAUGUGUGUAUAUUUCGGUGGCGCCCGCUGGCGACUUGACGCUACCGACCAUCCGCCGCCCCUCCCCUUGAGCGCUGCCUGGAUACGGACUG